GGGCGUCUCUUCACGCGUCUCCUUCUCUCAACUCCCUCUGCCGGAGAGUCGAGACUUGCUCUGCCUGCAACGAGUGCAUAAGUGAAAGUUACACGUCUCGAGGAGACCACAUCGACACAAAAUGUCUAUCCGUGAUUCCUCUGUUGUGGUUCUGGACACGAGUCGUACAUCCAUCCGCGCCGGACUCGGUCUACACGACCUCCUGCGCACUCCUGCAGUCGAGGUACUAGCGCGGGUGGGCUUGCCCAGGAGUUUGUUGAACGGGGCCAACGGUAAUGCUCAAAGCGGUCCCUCGACGUCAAAAGCUGCGAACGGGACCACCGUCCCCAAUGCAAAGGUGACCGACUAUCUGGUCGGCGCGCAACUUGACGAGGCGUUGGCCGCAGGCCAGGACAUCGUGGAGUACUGGCCCUUUGCAGAGGCCGACAUUGUCGACUGGACACAGGCUGAAGCUCUCUGGAAGCACGUCCUUUUCACCCAACUUCACCUCCGUCGCACACAAAUGGAAUCCGCCGUCCUCCUGUCGAUACCUCCCUGCCUCUCGCGCGACACCUACGAACGCCUCUGCCAGAUGUUCUUCGAACGCUUCAACGUGGCAGGCUUCGGUAUUCUCGACCGCCCCGUCGCGCAGUUCUACUCCGCCGUCAACGCGAACAGCGGGCUCUCCGGCGUCGUGGUCGAUAUCGACCGCGACUACACAGACAUCGCUCCCAUAUACGACGGGUUCCUGCUUGGCGGUGCGAGGAUGAGCGUCAUGGUGGGCAUGGAGGACUGCAAGAAGUACUUGGCCGGGCUGCUCCGCGGGAACCAGAGUAUCAUGUCGGCGCUGCUGGAGCCGGUGGAGGGCGAGAACCCGCUGGACGAGGCUGACCAGCAAGCUGCGCUGGAGGGACUUGCUCAGCUUCUCUGGUCAGAGGGACACGUCAAGGUCCUCGCUGAGGGCGAGGCCGCAGCGCAGGAUGCAGAGGACCCCACUGCCGACGGCGACAUCAACAUUGCUGCCAUCGUCGUCGCGGGCAAGGAGAAGGCGGUGAUCGAGAAGGGCAUGAAGAACAAGGCCGCACGCGCGAACGCCGCGGAGCAGGCGCGUGCGAAGGAGGUCGAGGCGCGAGAUUUGAUCGAGGUGCAGUGGAGGGGGAAAACGAUCACCGUCGGGAAGGAGCGCCAUCGGUUCUGCGAGCCGCUAUUUGACGUUGCCGUGCGAGAGAGCGUGAAGGGGAAGGAGAGGGAGAAGGAGGGUGCCCCUGCGUUGUCGCUUCAGGCAGCUGUUGCCGAGGCAGUUGCGAGAACGGAGUUGGACCAGCGGCAGUAUAUCUGGCAGGGUCUCUUCGUCACUGGGUUGAUCACGAACCACGUCAAGGGUCUUGGAGCCGCCCUCCAGAUACGACUGACGUCGUUGAUCCCCCUCAACGUUGACCCGCAGCACAACGAGGUGCAACCCAGAGCCAUUAGGACCUUGAAGAUCCCCGACUACUUCGCCGAAUACCGAGACAAGGGUGACGGCCUUGCCUCCUUCUUGGGAACCAGCAUUGUAGCAAAGAUCACGUUCAAUGAAUCCGCGGGCAAAAACUAUGUCUCAAAGUCAGACUACGUGAGUAUGGGACCGAGAGCAGUUCUGGGAAUGUCACCGUCUCUGCUAUGAUGCCAUACUCUGUCCCUCGUGAGUUGUGUCUUUCGCAAGCACCUUGGUAUAUUUAUGGAUCAAUUGGCCUGUACACAUGUCGGACGAAAAUAGCUCGCGCUGUAUCUACUCGUUCCGAGUCUACUAGUUGUACUCUGUACCGCCCUUGACCUACUUGGCUGUGGGGAUUUGACGUACGUACUUGUACAUGGCAGACUGCAGCCGUUCUGCUACUUAUGUCUUCGAGAUGCACUCGUCGAGGGAAGUGGUUGUGUGUAGGCGCCUAUGCACUCCGAGAGUCGAUCAGAGCCGACGACAACCCCGCGUC